GAUGCCGGAAGUGCCUCCGCUCCUGCCGCUGGACCAUGGAGACCGUGGCCCAGUAGAGACCUUGGUGCGAGGCUUGCAGGGGCGGUGGCCAUGGAGGCCGUGCUGAACGAGCUGGUGUCUGUGGAGGAUCUGAAGAGCUGUUGCCCAAAGGGAGCAAAGAGGAGCAGCGGGAUUAUGUCUUCUAUCUGGCCGUGGGCAACUACCGGCUCAAGGAAUAUGAGAAGGCUCUGAAGUACGUUCGCGGACUGCUGCAGACGGAGCCUCAGAACAACCAGGCCAAGGAGCUGGAGCGCCUCAUUGACAAGGCCAUGAAGAAAGAUGGACUAGUGGGCAUGGCCAUUGUUGGCGGCAUGGCCCUGGGUGUGGCGGGCCUGGCUGGACUCAUUGGACUGGCGGUCUCCAAGUCCAAAUCCUGAAGGCGCAGCUUCGCCUGCUGUCCACCCCGGUACCUGGAGCCUGGGACACUGGAAGACAGACGGCCCUGCCCGUCCUCCCGUUGCCUUCCCUCUUCCGCACCCUCCGUCCACCUCCCCAGUGUCCACUGCCCUCUGCCUCCCGUUCCCUGUCUCCUGACACCUGUUGUCUAGGUCUUGCUUCGCAUUGAGGGUCAAUAAAGUCGGGCUGUGGCCUGGGAA